CGUGUUUCGCGUGAUCGGUGGUCGCGGCUCUGUAUCCGGUCGAAAGGCAUACGGAUCGGGAAUUGUCGUACCCGCAUUAUACGACAGUGUUAAAUCUCCAAGACAUUACGUUUCCGAUGACGUUGAAUCAGAUUAAAAGGUUCGAACAUCUCAAUGACAUCUCAAUCAACGUCUACGGUAUCAAGGAAAAGGAGAUACUUCCGAUACGGUUGACAGAUAAGAAGAUGGAGAAACAUGCAAAUAUAUUGUACGUACAGAAUCCGCGCGACGACAACGCGGGGCACUUCGAAUACAUCAAAGACCUGUCCCGCCUUGUAAGCUCGCAAAUAAACAAAAAAGAACACAAGAAAUACUUUUGCGAUCGAUGUCUACAUUACUUCAGUUCGUCUGAAAAAUUGCAGUCAAAUACAACGGACUGCGAAAAGAAACAAUGCGCAAUCCGACUGCCGAGCGAGGACGACAAGUGGCUCGAAUUCAAGAACCACACAAAUAAGGAACGACUUCCUUUUGUCAUUUACACGGACUUGGAGUGCGUACUUGGAUGGCGAACGGAACCGGCAGAAAAAGAAGAGCGUCGUACACUUAUCAGCAGCACGAGAUAUUUAGUAUCGGAUACUACGUGCAAAGCUCAUACGACGAUGCGUUAUCGGUAUAUCGAUUUCGCGGCGAAGACUGCGUUGCGUUCGUUCGGCAAUUAG